AGCCGGCAAUGUCGUUGCUCUUCGUCUGCUUCGGCUGCUCUUUGGCUUUGGCCCAAGCUGACUUUAUUGCCCGAUAAUUGGUUUUUCGAGCUCUCUUUUUGUUUUGAUUCGUCGCCGCUGAAAUCGAAAUCUGAAUAGAGCUACAUAGCUGGACGUGGAAGUAAGAUAUGCAUGCUGGCUCGGAGAUUGAACCAAUUUAUUUCAAUUUCGCACUUGGUCGGACGACGUUGUGUGAGCGGUUUCCCAAUUUCAGAUUCGAUUUUUCGAAAUGCGGCGCUCAGAACUUGUCACCCUGUUAAUCUGCGUACUGUGGCUGAGUGGGGAUCACGGAGCCUCCGCCUGCCACUGCAUCCGCCUGGGGAAGUGUGCCACCUUCACCCGCCUCCUGCUCCAUCAUGGCUCCGGAGAGCAGUCCGCUGUGUUCGCCAAGGUGCACGACGCCAGUUGUGGCUUCCAAGGCCUCGAACCGCUCGUCUGUUGCCCCACAUCUCGCAAACAAUACCACGAUGAGUCAUCCUCGGCAAAGCCAAGUCGGAAGAUGCGUUUUGCACCGCCGGAUGAUCGUUGGAUUUGGGAUGAUGGGGGCGAUAGCAGGGGCAGUAGGCACUCGCCCUCCCACUCUGAUUAUCUGGAAGCGGAGACAAAUCUGCACGACUACUGGAAUUUCGAGGAGCAACGCAAUUGCCCGCAGUCCGUGGAACCAGAGUUCUUCGACCGGCGAUUCGCAGGGAACCACCACUUCCUCUACCACGUAGACCACAGCAACCAGGACACGGCAUCACCGCGGCCCGCUCCCAAGGAUAAGCCCAUCGUGUUUCCCGGAGAUCUGCGCUUCCUACGGGACGACCUAAUCUCUAACCUGAACCAAGGUCCUCCCCUUGCGCCGUUUACCACAACUUCACCCAUGCCGAUUGCAACAAGUCCCGCUCCUCCAUCCACAAGCACCACAUCGUUACCCUCCAAUAACCCGGUGAGCCAAGAGAACUCUCCAGGAUGUGGGAUAAGUGUGGAGAGCAGACUGCUAGGAGGAGAACAGGCCGCUGCGGGGCAAUAUCCGUGGCUGGCGAGGAUCGCCUAUCGCAACCGAAGUUAUAUGGUACUAAUUUCAGGCAACAGCCGCAUUAGCUUCCGCUGCUCCGGAUCCCUAAUCUCCACCAACCACAUCGUUACUGCCGCCCAUUGUGUGGUCAAUUUGGUCAGCGACUUGGAACUAUCCCAUGUUCGAUUAGGGGAUCAAGAUGGCUCAACCGCCUUUGCCAUCGAGCGGGUAAUAGUGCAUCCUAACUUCGAUCAGCCCAGAUAUGCCAACGACAUUGCCCUCCUCAGAAUCAAUACCACGAAUGGAGCCUUUACACCCAUCUGCUUACCCUUAAACGGGUCAACCAAUCUCGGGAACAGGCUGAUUGGACAGACGGGAGUUGCUGCCGGUUGGAGUACUGGGAAUCCGGAAAAUAAUGGGUCGACGGACUCCUCGAACUCUACCGCCGCAGUGCGCUUCAUCCGUUUGCCCAUAGUGAACACCACCAGCUGCGCCAUCGCCUAUGCUAGUCUCAGCGAGAACUUCCAGCAGCCCAUUGUCAUCACCCCAAACCACCUGUGUGCCCAGGGAAUGCCCAUGAACGACGUGUGCCGCGGUGACAGUGGAGGACCCUUCAUGGACGACGGAUCUUCCGGGAUUUUCGGAGCAAGUGGAGUCCACACGCUCAUCGGCAUCGUGGCAUUCGGACCCACGCUGUGCGGUGUAACCACCAUUCCGGGGGUCUAUACCCUGGUCAGCAGCUUCUCCGAAUGGGUGCUGCGAAACAUCAGCGGAUGAACGGACCACUGACAGAACCUAGCUCAUCCAAAGCUUUCAAUGCCAAAGUAAUCACACCACAUCCAAAUAAGAAAAGAUGAAUCAUGCAAUUUAUGGAUCAAUAAAAACAGUUCUGCUUCCUAUUUAAA